UUGUUUCAACAUUGGCAAUUGUUUUAAUUGCGCUCACUUAGCCUGCGCAGGAAAUUAAACUCAAGAAGAAACGCAACGCAUCACUGAAAUAAGGAAGUUCGCUCGGUUGUUGCUUUGCAUUUAUUUGAUUAGAUAUAGGCCGAAAAAGUCAAGUUCUAGGCCACGUUUUAAAACGACCAAUCGGAACUGUGUAUGAGAGUUCAUCCUUUCUGAACCGCAACAGGUGCAUCCACCCAACCACCCAUCUGGACUUGGACUGGGGAAAAGCUUCCUCAUCAAUCAUUAAUGAGAUGCUAAUGAUCGCGGAGCGGAGUCCAGCCGACUAGAGGGUGUGUACUGGGGGAGUUGGUUUGCGGAAGGUGAAGGCCUCUGACAAUUGGGACUUUCGUCAUAUGAAAUAAGAUCACUUUUCGGACGUGCGAAGGACCACAGACAUGUCCCCAUCCGUGUCCCCUCGUUUUUUCUCGAUGAAGGAGGUCUCACGGCACUCCACUAAGGACUCAUGUUGGGUUCUGCUGGGGACACGGGUUUACGAUGUGACGGGCUUCCUAAGAAUGCAUCCCGGUGGCGAGGCGCUCAUCCUGCGUCGCACCGGGACGGACAUCAGCCAACAGAUGGAUGGACCCCCUCACCGGCAUUCAGACAACGCUCGGCGGUGGAUGGAGCAAUACUACAUCGGGGAACUUGACAAGGAUGGUGAUGGUGAUGACACACAGGCUCUCAGGCAGAGGAGGAAAGCCAAAGAGACCCCAGUGGAGGAGGAGCCAACAGGAAUCAGCAAAUGCAGCAAAGUGGACCUGGAGACGGAUCUGGUGGACUGGAAUAAGCCCCUGGCGUGGCAGGUGGGAUAUCUGGGAGAGAAGUAUGACGCGUGGGUACACCAGCCUGUGGACAGGCCCAUUCGCCUGUUUGAGUCAGAGUUCUUCGAGUCCAGAACCAAGACCUCAUGGUAUAUGGUCCCAUUGGUCUGGAUCCCACUGGUCAUCUACAUGACGUGGUACAGUUGGGGUCUUCUGAGCCAGGAGAAAACCAAACUGCACAUCACUUCAAAUUUCUCCAUCCUGCUGCACAAGUACAGUUUCCCCGUCAUCUUCGUGCUGGGGAUGUUCCUGUGGUCCUUCAUGGAGUACUGCAUCCACCGCUUCGUGUUCCACAUGCGCCCGCCCGCCCACAACUACUAUCUCAUCAUGAUCCACUUCCUGCUCCACGGACAACACCACAAGUCUCCAUUUGAUGGGUCACGUCUGGUGUUCCCUCCUGGUCUGGCGUCGGUCGUGGUGGGGGCGUUCUACCUGCUCCUGCGGACCUUGUUCUGCGAGGGGUUGGCGGUGUCUCUGUUUGUGGGGGGCCUGUUUGGGUACGUGGUCUACGACAUGAUCCAUUACUACCUGCAUUACGGAUCCCCACGCAAGGACUCCUACUUGUACGGUCUCAAGGCAUACCAUGUCAAGCACCACUUUGAACACCAAACAUCAGGGUUUGGAAUCACUACCACAUUCUGGGACCACCCGUUCAACACAGUCAUCCCAUCUGAAGAGGCCUUCUAAGGAGAAGACACACACACACACACACACACACUCACACACACACACACACACACACACACACACACACACACACACACACACACACACACACACACACACACACACACACACACACACACACACACACCCGCCCACUUGCUCUAUGCAUCCUACCUCCCUUCCUGCUUUGCUGCGGCUGCAUUCUUACAGUAAUUCUCAGUGAGGGAUAUGUCAGCCGGCCAAUCACAUGAAUGGGGCGGUGGCUUGGAGAGUGUCGUUUCCUGUUUGUAUUUAACUGAUUUUGGAUACUGUAAUGGACAAAUGUUUUUUAAAAAGAUGAAUGUUUUAUGUAUGAGAAUAUUUCUAGCGCCACCAAAUGAACUCAUCUUAUCUUUUUCCAUUUACCUAUGGAUUGAGAUGUUAUGUGUGUGUGUGUGUGUGUGUCUACAUGUAUGUGUGUUUUGUCUAUGUAUGUGUGAGGGAGAGUUUUAGUCAGUGUAUAUCAGAUAAAUUUGGAUAUAUGCUUGAAUAUGGAUGUGAAUGUAAAUGUGAAUGUCAGUGUGAUUUCAAGAGAGUUGGUACACAGUGUGUGUGCCUGUGUGUGUGCGCGUGUAUGUGUGUGUGUAUGUGUGUGUGUCUAUCUGUCUGUCUGUCUGUCUGUCUGUCUGUCUGUCUGUCUGUGUGUGUGUGUGUGUGUGUGUGUGUGUGUGUGUGUGUGUGUGUGUGUGUGUGUGUGUGUGUGUGUGUGUGUGUGUGUGUGUCAACACGUAAGACAAAAGCAGGUAUUUGGAAGUGUGAGAGGGAGUGUGAAAGUGGAAUGAGAGAGGUCCUGUCAUCAGAGAAACAGGAGGAGAGUUGGGUUCUGAAGCUGGUCUAUGGAGAGGUCUUCUGUCGUCCUGUAUUUCCUGUUGGAAAAUUAUCCAGAAAAGAAAGAAAGAUGAAAUAAAAAAAAAUUACUAACCUUUGUGAUUAAAUGGAUGCAAAAUGGCUCCUCUUCAGAACCCUUUUUAAUGAAUAGAGGAAAAUUGAUUGAGACAGCUGUUCAGGAGAUAUUUAUAGAGACUUCUCCUAAAUUUCUCGUUUCAAUGGUGAAGCUGGUAGGACCUUUUUGACAUUGGCACUCCGUCUGAAAAGAUGUUUUUAAAAUAUAAACACCGUCAUUAAUUUUUGCUGGGAUGUGUCUUGUGUCUAUACACAUAUCUCUUUAUGCUGUUGGGCCUUGAGUUGUUGUAAUUUAGUAGUUUCCCGGUCAACUUUGAGGUAAUGGUCCAUUAAUUGCAUGAAGUGUCUCAGAAACCAACCCUGUCAAGAGCAGAAAUGUAUUCAGAAAUGUCCCCAGGCGGUGGUUACAUUUUAAAAUCUCUUCAGCGUGAGGUGCUUGCCUCCUGCGUCUGUAUUCUGGGAGCAGCUGAGCUCACUCCAGAGCCUCCCUCACACUUCCUGAGAGUGUGCUGCCCCCUGUAGGCCUGCUUAAACAGUGCACUCUCAGUCUCCUGUGCUGCUGUUGCUGUUGCAUUGACUUCCUCCCCUAAUCAGACUCGGCACUGAGCUAUAGCUUUUUCCAUUGGCAAGACAUUACUUUAGAUGUUUGAAAAUGAACGUUAUAGGUGAGAGGGCACGUUAUCAGAUUUACACAAGCCCUGCACACACACAAGCGCGCGCGCACACACACACACACACAAACACAUACUCACGCAGUUAGGCACAAUUAGAUUAUUACCAUGUGAGUGAAGAUAUUUAAAUGUACAAUGUACAUUUACAGUGUGUGUGUGUGUGUGUGUGUGUGUGUGUGUGUGUGUGUUGUCAGGACCCUUGGCACUGAGGAUAUGAUGCGAGGGCUUGGGCCUCUUCUUUAGUAACUUCUGCCUCUGCUUGCUUUUUUAUCAGCAUGAAGGUAGACAAACAUCUCUUAAGCCGGAUGGACAAGUGUUAAUGUGUGUGUGUGUGUGUGUGUGUGUGCGUGCGUGUGUAUGUGACUGUGUGACUGUGUCCUGUGCAGCCUCUGGAUGACGAUGCUCAGUGAAGAUGCAUCUGACGGGGCUACGGGAGAGGUUGUUUGCAAGCCCCGCUGAUUCCUCAUUCAGCUUUCAGCCCUUAGUCUGACAUGCGCACGCACACACACACACACACACACACACACUCACACACACGCUCUUUUUCACUCACACAUACUUUUCACAUGUCCCUCCAAAGCCUGUUGAAUUCCAUCUGUGGGAAGAUUGUUGGAGCAUUCAUGCCCUGGGGAGGUAUUAGCGCACAUGCUAACUCAGUCAGUCGUGGUAAAGGUCGUUGAAGUACACCCGACCCGUCAUGCUAGCACAUGACUCUGCCAUGGCUGUUCUAGCUCACUGGAGAGUAAACACAAGUACGAGCGCAGGUAGCGCCAGUGUUGUUGUUGUGUGUGUGUCUCAUAACUAGCAGGAUGUUAUCUGUGGUGAUCUGUGGUUAUCUUUGGUGAAACAUCACUGUGGUGGAACAGUGACAAGAGAGAACAUCCUUUGUCAAAAAAGUAUGCUCAAAAUACUUGGUCCUCUUCCCCCUUGCGAGGAGCUGGUUUUGAAGAGUUGUGUGUGGUCAUGGUAGUGUGACACAAACAACACUCAGCAUAGGGCUUUGUACAAAGCCUGUUUCGUGUGUGUGUGUAUACAUGUGUGCAUGGUGUGUGUGUGUGUGUGUGUGUGUGUGUGUGUAUGAAUGGCAGUGUGAGAAGACAGAGGUGUAUGAGAGAGUUAUGUUUUUGUUUAAUUAAAAGUUUAAUGAAAGCCUCCUAAUGUCCAGUGGGAACUCCACCUGUUUCAGGGCAAGCAGUGGAGGCGGCCACAUGUUGUUUGUUUGUAUAUUUAUGAAAAAUGUUUAAAAGCUUUAAUUCAACAGCAAGAAAUUGUCAACAUAAAAGGCUUAUUAUUAACUUAAAUCUGUUUACUUAUAUUUGUAAUGUUUAGAUUCAUAAAAUGUCUAUGCAAAUGUAUGUGUAAAUAAAAUGUGUAUAUAUACAGUAUAUGCACUAUUUUUUGUCAGUG